GUUCAGAACAGAGACUGCAACUCAACAGCACCCAAACGUUAUCUAUCCACCAUUGGCUGAAGACUUGAAGCGACUUGUGCACUACAUACACAGUCAUAAAAAGCUUCCAGCCAACCUACCAGAUGACCUUAUGAAACCUAGGGCAAUGACAGAUUACAUUACAGAGUUGCAUCCAGAGGAGACUACUUGCACUGUGUGUCCAGGGUCAGUACAUCUGCAAAAAGAUAUAAAGAUUUCUGGAAAAGCAAGGAUAAUCACCAUGAAUGGAGUAAUUGAAAAUGUUUCCACCUAUUACCGGAAAUGUCCACAGUGCCGCAUGAUGUACAGAUACCAAGAAUGGAAGGACAGUCUCCACAACUUUGAUGACCAUGUUAUCUUAAACCUUGAGCUAUGUAUAUAUCUGAGACACAACCUACAGAACAGUGUUUCUGUUUCCAAGGUGUUAAACUCACUGGAAAGCUUGAGGAAGGUCAAAUUUCCUCCCAGAGAUACAAUUCUCCAUGCUUACUGCCACUUUGAGGCAUUGACAAGCCAUGCAUAUUCCUAUUCUUGCGUGUGCUGUGGCUACUAUCCUCCAGUAGUUGUGAUGGACCUCCACAAGAAAGGAGUGUUUAACUUGCCCGUGAGUGACCUGAAACAGCCCUCUGAGAAUUUCCCUUGCAAAGUGAAUAUAGAAGAUUUCUGGGAUUCUGUUCAGUUGGAAAUGAUUUCACGUGGUUUCUUUCAAAGUCAAAUGAGGGCGGGGUGUCCAUAUGACUGUGGGCAGGAGAAAAGGAUGCUGGACUUCUUCCUGACCCGAAUCUGUUAA